UGGCCACAAACGGACCACAGUGCGGCGCCAGACACGGCCAGACCACAUAUUGGCCCGCUACAGUCUGCUGGCCUGGACCAGACCAAAAGCUACAGCAACAGCUACGACAGCUACAGCUACAAAAAUGUUCGUAAAAGCCACUUUGGCUUAAAGCGUAUUGUGGUUGACGCUGACGCAGACGCAGACGCAGAAGCUGGCAGCGCUGCCUGAAAGAAAACCAGCAACGAACCAACGAACCAACGAACCACUCUUACUUACUUUGGCCAGAGACGCUUUUCAUUUCUUCAGUCUGUUAACGGCAUGCCAACGAUGCAGACGCGGCGCAGCUCCAGCUAUUCGGCAAAAACUUAACUCGAACUCUAACUGAAACCGAACUUAAACUGUAACUUUAAACUGUAACUGCAACUGUAACACAGUGGUGCCCAACGACAUUCAUUUGCACUGCUCCUCCGUUAACUGAAAGUGCGUGCGCUUCCUGCCGGAUGCCAUUCCGUGUCCCUCGGCUACGCUACCAUCAAAGUGUUUGUUCAAAGUGAAAUUCAAGCGGCAGCGAAAGGAGAAGCUCAACAGAUUUAUAUUUUGAUUUAAUAUCGUUCGCGUUUCCCCUCUGGUGCUGCUGAUCUGCAAAUUAGUAUAAAUUAAAAGCAGUAAUUGAGUUUUUGGCAAAGUGAAAGAGAAGCCACCACCAGCACUAAGCGCUGCCCGCUGACUGACGCAGGAAGGAGAGCGCUACCACUCAACGCUGCUGCUGCCGCUGUUUAUGUCAUAUGAAGCUAUGAAGCGAGGCAUGCAACUUACUGCCACCUGGCUGUGCCUACUGGCCACAGCCGCCACCUUUGCCCGGGCCCAGGAAUCGUCAGCCAAGUGGUCGCGCCAGCUCGAGAAUGCGCCCACCUCCGAUACGGAUUCCCUGGACUGGAUACCACUCGCCCAGCCGCUGGACGGAAGCGGCGCCGGAAAGGAUCGCUCCGGCAAUGGUCGAGUGCUGACCUACUCGCAGACGUUUCCACCCAGCGCCCGGUUCGGCGAUCUGACCAAGCCAGGCCUAUCCCCCGGAUCACAGUUUGAUUUCUCGUACCCGUUCCCAAGGUAUUCGAAUGGACAGGACGGACAGGGACAGGCGCUGCCUCUGCGUCAGGGACCACCGCCAGCGCUGAAGACGAACUCCGGCCAGGAGCCCACAUCGCAGUCGUUCUUCAAGUUCGAGAUGCCCUUCCACAGCAACGAGGCGGGUCAGGCACAGUCGCCGCCCACUCUGCAGACGGGCUACCAGAUCCAGCACACCUUUGGCGGCGGUCUGCAGGCCCCAUCCUCGCUGUUCAGCCCCCCCUCGCUGUUUGGCCAGCAGCAGGCACAGCCCUUCGGCUCCGAGUUCCAUACCCUGGCGCAGAAGCCGCUGAACAAGCCGCUUCGUCAGCAAAACUACAUCCAGGACAUUCUGCCACCCAAGUCCCAUGCCAAGCCGACGCAGCCCUCGCUGCAGAGCGUCACGCCUCAGGUAUUUCCACUCGACCCCGAGCCAGAGUCGAUCUUUGGGCUGAAUAAGGCGGCGCCCUCAUCCGCUCCAGCCUCGAGUGGAGGUCAGCAGCAGCAGCAGCAGCAGCAGGAGGUGCAGCUGCUGUACGUGCCCUACGACACGCUGUACAACCAGCAGCGACAGCAGUCUGGCCAGUCCAGGCCAAGUUCUUCCAGCUCCAACUUUGAGGUUAACAAGUUCAAUGUGAAUCCAGGACUUCCUGCCGUCAAUCCCUACCAGAUCAACCAGUUCUACACGCAGGAUCCCAACGCGGACAGCGACUUCUUCAGCUCGGGAACCACCGCUCGACCAAGCACCACCUCCACCAGCCAGCCGCACAGCAUUUUCCAGAGCUUUGGCCAGUCCCUGUCCCUGUCCCAGCAGCAGCCACAGCCACAGCCGCAGCCGCAGGCACAGACGCUGUUCUCCACCGCCAAGCCCAAGCCGAAGGCACACCAGCCACCGCUGGCCAUGUUCCUGCUGCGCUCCAGCUCCCGGCCCUCGCAGUCGGAUGUGGUGGCUGCCCUGCGCAGUGCCCACAGCAUUUCCGUGAUCGAUUCGCCCACGAAACAGACGCCGGAGAUCUUUGUGGGACCCGCUGGCAUGCCCAUACCCGAUGGCUAUGUGAAGUUUGAUCUGCCGUAUUUGUCGCAGCUGGCCCAGACACGUGACCUCAGCGACGUCUCCUUCUUUGUGGCACCGCUCAGCUAUCGCACACCGAACGGAUUCAACAAGAUCCUGCUGCCCGAGCCGCAUGUGGGUUCCAUUGUGGUCAACCGCGCCAAGGACUCCGUUCCGGUGCAGACUCAGCCACCGCCACAGCGUCAGCAGCGUCCGUAUGCAGCCGUGAGCAGCACGCGCAAUCCUUUCGAGACCACCACCCAGACACAGGCACAGCAGGCACAGGCACAUCAGGCACAGUCACAGCAGGCACAGCAAUCGCAGAAAUCGGGAGCUCCUGUGCGCGGCAACAAGUUCAGCUACUAUUACGUGCAGGAUGGCAUCCAGGAGGUGAGCUCUCCGAAGAUUCCCGCCAAGCAGGAGCGCCACAAGAAGAAGCGACCCCAGAACGUGCAGGUGGAGCAUCAGCAGCAGCAGCAGCCCAUCUACCGUCCAGCCACCAAGACGCAGAACCCCUUCGACACGCUCAAUCAGAUCGGAGGCGAUGACUUCUUCAAGUCGCUGACCAACAAGCCCACCACAACUAGCUCCACCUCCACCAGCACAACAUCGACCACGUCCUCGACCACUUCCACCACGGCGGCGCCCACACAGCCCCUCUUCACGUAUAGCACCCGGCCGCAGGUGGAAUUCCCCGGCGCCAGUGGCCACCUGUAUCCCGAGUACCUGCAGCCCGUCCAGGAGCAGCAGCCGCGUCUGACCACGCGUCCGCCGACGGCCACCACAGUGGAGGAGGAGAACCGCAUGAAGCAGUACUUCCGGCAGCAGGAUGCCUUCCGCCAGCGUCCGCUCACCACGAUUCCGCCCGCCUUCGAGCAGGUGCAGUACACGCCCAGCGCACCCGACUACGAGGUGCCCACGACGCAGAGGAUCAAGAGCAAGCAUCGCGUGAACAUCUACACGCCCGCAGCGGUGCCCGUGACCACCUCGGAUGUUGGCUACCAAGUGGAGCAGGAGCAGGCACAGGAGCAGGCACAGGCGCCGCUGAACCACAGGCCCAGCUACAACCAAGUGCAGAACGAGAUUCUGGAUAACAGCAACGUGGACUACGAGCCGAACCCCUACCAUGUGCCCUCAGAGCUGCCGGCUCUGACGCCGGACAUUCCCGGACUGGUCAACAAUCUGCAGGAGAAGGACAAGCUCCAGCCGGGCACAACGAUCACGCCACAGAGCGAGCCAGAGAACCCAGAGACGCGUCCCACUCGCCGUCCACUGCUGCGCACCCGCAAACCGGCCGUGUCCAAGGUGGUGACCACCUCGUCCGUGUCCUACUCCGAGUCCGAGUCAAGCGGAAAGGUGCCGCAUCGCAUCCGUCGACCAUAUGGCAACCGAGGCACUGCAGCCGGAACCGCCUCCACCACGGGCAGCGGUGACCAGGGAGAGGACUCUGCGGCGACACCGACACCGACCCGACGACCGACCAGCGCCCGGAAUCCGCUCAUCCGCAAUCCCAAUCGCAUCCGCUACAGGCCCACCACCGAGGAGCGCCACACGCUGAAGGUGAAGACCAGGAAGGGCUCGAAGAACGGCCAGCGCGAGGACCAGGAUCUGGACUACCAACGGGACGUGCUCAAGCAGAACUAUCCGGUGUUCAAGGGCACCUCCUCGGCACCCUCACGCCGGCCCACCAGUCCCACGGCCAUUCCCAGCUCCUACGACUUCCAGGCCACCACCGAAGGCCCGGCAUCGGAGUCCCAGCAGGUGUACACGGUGACGCCCAGCAACAGCAUCGACAGCGCCAGUGAGCAGGGUUCGAGGUUCCCCAACAGCCUGCUGGAGCCCAUGCAGAUCGCCCAGCAUUAUCAGGAGUUCUCCAAGGACAACUACGGGCCGGGCUACUUCCCCAAUCAGGAGGAUCUCACGCCCACCGAGGGCAUUGUCCGCAAUGAGGUGAGUCCCAUCUACACCACCCUGGCGACCACAACCCCCUCGACCACCACGACCAGCACACCGGCAACCACUGAGGCAGCGCCCACGACCACAACGCGUCGCUCACCCUUCGUGCGCCGCAACUAUCCCAGGCUGAGGACAACCACCACAACGGAGCCGCCAGUGACCAGCACCACGCCCUCGGAGGAGCGUCCUUCCAUCCGAUCUCGCCUGCCGCCUCGCCGUGUGGUCAAGGUGCGUCAGCGUCAGCGGCGUCCAGGCCAUCCCGCCUCCUCCACUGCGGCACCCGAAGAGGAAGUCCAGGAGCCAGCUACUAACCAGAAGCCAAAUCUCCGCAAGCUGAGCCGCUACAACCAAGAGCCCAAGGAAAAGGAGACUCCCAUCACCCAGCGGCGUCGCUAUAAGCAGCCAUUCCAGCUGGAGGGCCAGGAGUCGCAGUGGUCGCCAUCCUCGGAUAUAUCCAGCAACAGCAACAACAAUGCCAACGCCAACACCAACGCCAAUGCCAACAGCUUCAAGCCACUGAAUCCCAAGUACAAGACAGAGGCGCACAGCUUUGAGAACGAGCCAGAGAUCGUGACUGUGGGACCCACAGAGCAGCCGGAGACGUACGAGUUCAACGUAGCUGCGGAUCUGGGCGGAUCAGCGGCGCAACGCACCACCACCCUAAAGGCGCCCAACCUGAAGCCAGAGAAAUCCUUUGCUGAGCUGCUUGAGGAGGUGAUGGGCAAGGUGCCCGAGGAACUGGCCACAGAAUCACCCAACAGCAGCAGCACCACCACCAGCAUUGGCAGGCUGAACAGGCGUGGCAAAUGGAAGAAGAGCCGUGUGACUAGUGGCUCGGACAAUGGCGAAAACUUCGAGACGGCCGAGUCCCAGAAUCUGGGACCACAGCUGUACAAUGCCCUGCAGGCGGCGACCAGCGAGAAGGAGGAGCAGCAGCCGAAGACCACCACACCGCUGGCACCAGCAGCCACCGAGGCGGAGACAGCAGAAGCGAUAGUCACUACCACGGCUGCGUCCCCCACCACGCCAGAGGAGUAUGAGGUGACCACCGCCAGGGCCUUGGAGGAGGCAACCAUGGCAUCGACGCUGCCCAUGGAGACGCUGGAGAGUGCCACGCGUCGCAUGGAUACCGCUGCGGAUGUGGAUGUAGAUGGGAUUGCGGAUGCGGAUGGCGACCUGGAGACACAGCCCAGCCUCUUCUCGGAGGUGAAGAAACAGCUGCACGAUCUGUUUGCCAUCGAAGAGAGCGAGGACGAGGCGGUGAACGCUGCACUGGCUGCCGUGGGCAAGCGUCGGCAGGAGUACACGAGCAUCAAGCGCACCACUCCAGCCACGUCCACGGACAAAACGACUCUCUCGCCAGCGGACGCUGAGCCGACAGCCACCACCGCCACCACCACAGCAACAGAAGAAGGUGCUUCGGAGGGCAGCAAAGACAACUUCCACAAGGACCUCAUGGAGCAUGUGGUGUAUGCCACAUCCACAUCGACCAAAGUCACCUCCGAGACGGAGAUCUGCUAUCGCGGACGCUGCAUACGGUCCGAGGAUCUGCCCGCCAACCACAAACUGCACUGAGCUGAGCUGAGCACCCCUCCGGCAGAGCACGGUGGACAUGGACUCUGCAUGUAUAUAAGGGCAGACGGGAUACGGAUCGGUAUGGCCAGGUGCCAGGGCCAGGGGCAGGGGCAGGGACGAGCGAGGACGGACAGGCAGCCACCUUAACGGGCGGCGCUAGUCAGCAGAGCGCCUCAUCCCUCACCAGAAGCACAAGCCGUAUCCAGAUGUAAUUAAUUAGCUUUAACUACAAAUAUGUUCAUAAGGAUAAGCAGAUCGAUGGAUGGAUGGACGCCCAUUCGCACUGACGAGGAGAUUAGGCCCGAAAGCUGUAGAAGUUCUUUGGAUAAGAUGAAUAUUUAGCAGAAGACACUUUGGAAUGAGGCUUAGAAAUUACACACCUGAAAUGCUUAUUCCUAUCAAAGAACUUCUUUAGGCUUAUCCUGCUGAUCCUUGCGAGUGUUUCCCUGGAUAUGUAUAUCGUAAUCCCGCUUAGAGAAUUUAGUGCUUAGAUCAUAGAGUUAGCAUAAUGUCAGGAUAGCACAUAGCCAGCAUAAGUCUUGUACCAUACAACAUUGUGUACUAACAAAUACCAAUACAGAUACCAGAUACCAAUAAAAAAUAAAACAACGAAAAAUA